UCUUUUCAAUGAGAUGGAUUUCCCUUCCAUGUAUUUAGGGCAAAUCACUUUCUCAGGUCAUCGAGGGAUUCGGCUAAGAGGAGGAACUCAGUCUUGCUCUGGGAGACUGGAAGUUCAACAUGGAAAGAUCUGGGGAACAGUGUGUGAUGCUGACUUUGACUGGCAGGAUGCUGAGGUGGUCUGUAGGUCCCUGGACUGUGGGGAACCUGCAGAGGUGGUGGGGACAUCCAGAUUUGGUCGAGGAGAGGGACAAGUGUGGGCCGAGGAGUUUCAGUGUCGAGGAAACGAGUCUCAUCUUGUGUUUUGUCCAAAAGCAGCACACAAUCAGAGUUGUGCCCAUGACAAAGAUGUUGGACUGGUGUGUUUUGGGUACACAGGCCUUAGGCUAAUGAAUGGUCCUGACCGGUGCUCUGGUAGAGUACAGCUGAGAUACAGUGGAAAAUGGGGGACUGUGUGUAAUGAAUCAUGGGAUAUGAGGGCCUCUGAUGUCCUCUGCCAUCAACUGAAGUGCGGUCAUGCUGUGGGACAGGCCUGGUUUGGGGAAGGAAGUGGUCCCAUC